AGGGGAAAGUAAAGUGCCACGAAGUGUGUGCUCCCUUAUUAGUGUCAGUGAUUAGACGAUCUCUGUCUGAUGUGAUCUGUCGUGUGUCGGCCAGCGGAGAACCGCAGCGGCAGAAUGGGGAAGAAACAGAAAAAAUCCGGAGAGGACAGUGCCAAAGAUGAUGGCAUCGAUAUUGAUGCUCUGGCGGCAGAGAUCGAAGGAGCCGGAGCUUCCAAGGAGCCAAAAGGGAAGAAGAAGAAGAAAGGCACAAAGAAGGAUGACUUCGAUGAGGACGAUAUCCUGAAGGAGUUGCAGGAGUUGUCUAUAGAAACUCAGGGAGGAAGAGCUAAGAAAGGAGACACCACAGAGGAGCAGGAGUUCGUCGAGCCUCCUAAACCAGAGAAGAAGAAGACUAGGAAGGGGAAGAAGGACAGAACCAGCCCUGAGAAUGAGGAAGGAGAUGAUGGUGAAGGUGAAAUGGAUGGUGAGAGGAAUGGGGAGCAGAAAGACCUGAAGAAGGCACCUGCUGCCACUCCUCCCUCUGAUUCUGAUGACGACAGCAGCUCAUGUUCACGCCUCAAAACCAAAGGAGGAAAGAAAGGAGGCAAAAAACCUUCAGUGUCAGAUGAAGAGGAGGACAAAGAUGAGGAUGAAGGUGUGAGGAAAGGUGGAGGAGGAAGAGGGAAGGAGGAUGAGUCUGAGGAUAACGAGGAGUUCACCUUCAGGAGAGACAAGAAAAAGAAGAACAAAGACAAAGCUGCGAGGGCUGAGAGCGAGGACGAGGAGGAGGAGGAGGGAGGAGACUUCAAGAUCAAGACGGCAGCACAGAAGAAGGCGGAGAAGAAGGAGAGGGAGAGGAAGAAGAAGGAAGAGGACAGGAUGAAGCUGAAGAAGCUGAAGGAGGCUGGAGUGGAGGUUAAAAAAGAGCCAGAGAAGAAAACAGAGGCCACGCCCCCUCAGGCAGAGCUACCUGCAGCAGUGAUAGAGGAACAGGAGGGGGUGGAGCCAGCAGCCGAUGAGGAGGCUGAGGGCGACAAGAAGAAGAAAGACAAGAAGAAGAAAAAGGGGGAGAAGGAGGAGAAGAAGAAAGGACCCAGCAAGGCCACAGUGAAGGCCAUGCAGGAGGCUCUGGCCAAGAUGAAGGAGGAGGAAGAGCGAGCCAAACGAGAGGAGGAGGAGCGACUGAGGAGGCAGGAGGAGCUGGAGAAACAGAGGCUUGAACAGGAGCGUCUGGAGCAAGAGCGAAAAGAGAAGAAGAAGCAGAAGGAGAAAGAGAGGAAGGAGCGUUUGAAGAAGGAGGGGAAGCUGCUGACUAAAGCCCAGAGAGAAGCUCGAGCCCGGGCCGAGGCCACGCUCAAGAUGCUGCAGGCCCAGGGUGUUGAAGUGCCAUCCAAAGACUCGGUGCCAAAGAAGAAGCCAGUUUAUGGGGACAAGAGGAAGAAGAAGCCCAACGCCCAAACUCCUGAAGAAAUGUCAGAGGUGACUUCGCCAACAUCAGAGACACCGGAGCCUGUUGCUAUGGAGACGGAAGCUGAGGCUCCGGCUGUAGAGCCAGAGGUGAAGCCAGAUGCUGCUGUGGACGACUGGGAGGCCAUCGCCAGCGAUGAGGAGAAAGUAUCAGAGCUGAAGAAAGUCCACAUCGAGGUGAAGGAGCCCCCCGCUCCUUCUCAGCCUACAGGUAGCGACGAAGACGAGGAGGAAGAUGAGGAAGAGGACGAGGAGGAUGAGGAAGAAGACGAGGAGGAGGAGGAGGAAGAAAGUGAGGAAGAUGAAGAGGGCGAAAAAGGGUCUGUGGCCACAGGUCAGGGCAAGAGGAGAGCAGCAAGGGAGAGCGAGGAUGAGAGCAGCGAGAGUGAGGAUGACGACGGGAGGACGAAGGAUGAGCGACUGUAUGACCGAGCCAAGAGAAGGAUAGAGAAACGAAGAGCAGAGAACAUGAGGAACAUUGACGUGGACACGCUGAGAGCCCCGGUGGUGUGUGUGCUCGGACACGUCGACACUGGGAAGACCAAGAUCCUUGACAAGUUGCGACACACUCAUGUUCAGGAUGGCGAGGCUGGAGGAAUCACUCAGCAGAUCGGAGCCACAAACGUCCCCAAAGAGGCGAUCGAGGAGCAGACCAAGAUGGUUAAAAACUUCGACAGAGAGAGCAUCAAGAUCCCCGGCAUGUUGAUUAUUGACACACCAGGGCACGAGUCCUUCAGUAACUUGAGGAACAGAGGCAGCUCUCUGUGCGACAUCGCCAUCCUGGUGGUGGACAUCAUGCACGGCCUGGAGCCUCAGACGCUCGAGUCCAUCAACCUGCUGAAGGAGAAGAAGUGUCCCUUUGUCGUUGCCCUCAACAAGGUCGACCGUCUGUACGACUGGAAGAGAAGUCCGGACACUGACAUUGUAGCCACGCUGAAGAAGCAGAAGAAGAACACAAAGGACGAGUUCGAUGAGAGAGCCAAGGGCAUCAUUGUGGAGUUUGCUCAGCAGGGUCUGAACGCUGCCUUGUUCUACGAGAAUAAAGACCCCCGGACAUUUGUGUCUUUGGUCCCCACGUCAGCCCACAGUGGUGACGGGAUGGGAAACCUCAUCACACUAUUGGUUGAGCUCACCCAGACCUUGUUAGCCCGCCGACUAGCGCACUGUGAUGAACUGCGUGCUCAGGUCAUGGAGGUGAAAGCUCUGCCUGGUAUGGGAACUACGAUAGAUGUAAUCCUGAUUAACGGUUGUCUACGGGAGGGAGAGACCAUCAUUGUCCCGGGGGUGGAGGGACCAAUCGUAACACAGAUCAGAGGGCUGCUGCUGCCUCCGCCUCUGAAGGAGCUCAGAGUCAAGAACCAAUAUGAGAAGCACAAGGAGGUGUCAACGUCUCAGGGGGUGAAGAUUUUGGGUAAAGACCUGGAGAAGGCAUUGGCGGGGCUGCCCCUGCUGGUGGCGUACAAGGACGAUGAGAUCCCUGUCCUCAAGGAUGAACUGGUACGCGAGCUCAAACAGACUCUGAACUCCAUCAAACUGGAGGAGAAAGGAGUUUAUGUCCAGGCAUCCACUCUGGGAUCACUAGAGGCUCUGCUUGAGUUCCUCCGGACGUCUAAAGUCCCUUAUGCUGGUAUUAACAUCGGCCCAGUUCACAAGAAGGAUGUGAUGAAGGCGUCGACCAUGCUGGAACAUGACCUACAGUACGCAGUGAUCCUGGCGUUUGAUGUGAAGGUGGAGAGGGAGAGUCAGGAAAUGGCCGACAGCCUGGGCGUACGGAUCUUCUCAGCUGAAAUCAUCUACCAUCUGUUUGAUGCCUUCAACAAGUACAGAGAGGACUACAAGAAGGCCAAGCAGGACGAGUUCAAGCAUAUCGCAGUGUUUCCUGUGAAGCUGCGGGUUCUUCCUCAGUUCAUCUUUAACUCCAGAGAUCCCAUCGUGAUGGGGGUGUUGGUGGAGGCUGGAGUCCUGAGACAGGGGACGCCACUGUGCGUCCCCAGCAAAGGGUUUGUGGACAUCGGUGUGGUGACAAGCAUCGAAAUGAACCACAAGCCUGUUGACAGCGCCAAGAAGGGCCAGGAGGCCUGCGUCAAGAUCGAGCCCAUUCCCGGAGAGUCGCCCAAGAUGUACGGCCGCCACUUUGAAGCCACCGACAUCAUUGUCAGCAAGAUCACACGGGCAUCCAUCGAUGCUCUGAAGAACUGGUUCAGAGACGACAUGCAGAAAUCUGACUGGCAACUGAUCAUGGAGCUGAAGAAGACGUUUGAGAUCAUCUGAGGGACCUAAAGCACACACAAAUCAACAUGCAUUUCCUUCCCGGGUCGGUGACUGAGGGACAAAAAUAAAAAAAGAAGACAAAACAACCUAAGAAAAAAGACGUGAAAGUGUUUUUCUGUGAGAAACCGUUUUUUCCACUGUUGUAAACAGUGAUAGUUUAGCCCCCAUUUCACACACAGUAUUCCAACGUGCCUGUUCUUCAACAUCGUUAUUUCCUCUCCUUGUUCUCUGCUCUGAUUUGUGGCUGCUGCUUCGUGUCCCCGGCUCCGCCCCCUUCCACCCCCAGACUGAGGCUAACGAGCUUAACGAGGCCGACGAGUCGGCAGAGCCAGUGUUCGGCCAACCAGGUGUGUUCUGGGAUUGUAUUGGGUGGCACCAGGGCUGAAGGAGGAAAAUGGUUUUUUCUUUUCACUAAACACCAAAUCACUGUAGCGGCGGUGUCGACUUUACAGACUUAAUAGAGCCGACUCAGCGUUAGCGGCUUUGCUGUGUGGUUUGUCGGCCAUGUUGGAGGGCUGGGUGGGGGUUUGAACGACAACAGUGUUGUGGAAGAUUUUAAACUGUUUUUGCUGCAACUGCUGAUGUAAUAAAUUCCCAUGAUUCUGAUGAAA